AUGACAAAAGAACUACAUCGGAAGAUCUGGGUGAAGCGGCCCGGAGCGUCUCCGACGCUGGUGCAGAUUCGAGAGAACGACCUGAUGGACGGUGUACGGGAGAUGAUCUUAAAAAAGUAUGCAAAUUCGCUAGGCCGAUACUUCGACGCUCCCGACAUCACGCUCCGAAUCGUCGCGAGAGACGAUCCAUCUUUAGAACAGACGCUGGGACCUGACGAAGAAAUCUGUCGAACCCUCGAUACCUACUACCCUGGCGGGCAAACUGUCGAUGAGGCCCUCAUUAUCGACGUCCCCCAUCGGCGCACGCCUCGACAGUCUCCCCGACCUACACAAAUCGUCUACUACGACGACCAGUCCCGCCCAUUCGAACAUGGCGGCGACUACUUCCCACCUAUGCCUCCGAACGUCCCCUCUCCUGCCGCAAUCACCUCCACCUCCCACGAAAGCCGACACUCUCGAGAUCUAUCCUUAUCACAAACCCACAGCAACCAUAGCCACUCCCACAGCCUCGGCCACAGCUCCUUCGACCAAACCCGCUCCAUGACCGUCCUCUCCACCGGCCAAGUUCCCCCUCUCCCCUCCCCUGGCGGAACCCGACGUAGCCACCUCACCCGCCCCGGCCGCCCGGCCAACGUUCGCCAACCCACGGCUUCUCCCACCGCACUCGCCAACCCUCACCGCUCUUCCCGCCCACACGAUUCCGGCGAUCUGGCACCCGCCCCUGCCAUCAUCUCAACCCCUCCAACCGAACACCCUCCCACAGCCGCCCAACCGACCUCCCGCCCCACAACCCCACGCGUAUCAUCUCCGCGACCAAAAGGCCGGCGCCGAAUGAGACUUCGACCCGACGGAACCAACUCGGCUGCCACCACACCCGCGCCCAUGUCUCUCUCCAUCCCGACGAUCGAAACGUCCGUGCCGCCGAUCAACGUGCUAAUCGUCGAAGACAAUCACAUCAACCUGAAGCUGCUCGAGCAAUUCAUCCGCCGCCUCAAGGUACGAUGGGCGAGCGCACAGAACGGGCGGGAAGCCGUGAACAAGUGGCGAACCGGCGGGUUCCAUCUGGUGCUGAUGGACAUCCAGCUGCCGAUCAUGAGCGGGCUAGAAGCCACGAAGGAGAUUCGGCGACUCGAGCGGGUGAACGGCAUCGGGGUGCUGGCGAACUCGACGCCGACGCCCGGGGAGGAGAAGAGUGAGGGGGAUAAGUUGGUGGAUCGGAGCUUGUUUAAGAGUCCCGUUAUUAUCGUCGCGUUGACGGCGAGUAAUCUGCAGAGCGAUCGACAUGAGGCGUUGGCGGCGGGGUGUAAUGAUUUCUUGACAAAGCCCGUCAAUUUCGUCUGGCUCGAACGCAAAGUCAAGGAAUGGGGCUGCAUGCAAGCGCUCAUCGACUUCGACGGCUGGCGCAAAUGGAAGGAUUUCAGCCAGAACGACGAGGGUGCCGAGAAGAAGAAAGAGGAGAAGUAG